AUGGAGUCUGUGUCUAAGCUCAGAUAUGACCCUCUUAUGAGCAAUACCAUCAGCACCCUCCCUUCCGGUCUCCUCUCAAAGCAUCUUCAUUCAACUUUCAUGGAACUUCUAAGAUUUUCCUCUUUCAUUCUUGUAACAUCCAUCGAAGCUUUCUUCAUCUUGAAGAAACGAAAACCAAUUUUCCAUGUCUUCUUUCUCAUUUGUUUCAUCCUCUUUUUCAUUGUCAAACACUUCCUCUCAAAAGCUUCUUCGGUUUAUUUAGUUGACUUCUCAUGUCUUCGACCGCCAAGCUUUUGCAGAGUUCCCUUCUCUUCUUUCCUGGAAAAUGCUUCCAUGUUGGAAUGCUUCGACGUUGAAAGUAUCUCUUUCAUGGCCAAGGUCCUCAGUUCUUCUGGACUAAGCGAAGAAACCUAUCUACCCCCAGCUUUACACUACAUUCCACCAAAACCCCACGUUGAAGAAGCCAUCAAAGAAGUCCAUAUGGUGCUCUUCCCCAUCCUGGAAGACCUUCUGUCCAAAACUAGACUGCUGCCUCAUGAUAUAGAUAUUCUCAUUGUCAAUUGUAGCGGUUUCUGCCCCUCCCCUUCACUCUCUUCCAUUAUUAUAAACAAAUACUCUAUGAGAAGUGAUAUUAAGAGCUAUACUCUCUCUGGCAUGGGGUGCAGUGCAAGCACUAUCGCAGUUGAUAUGGCUCUAAGUCUUCUGAAAAUUCACAAAAACUCUUGUGCCGUUGUUCUUAGCACUGAAAUCUUGUCUACCGGCUGGUAUCCGGGCAAUGAGAUGCCGAAGUUGCUCCUUAACUGUAUGUUCAGAAUGGGCAGUGCGGCCAUUUUGCUCUCCAACAAAAGUGAAGCAAAGAAGUGUUCGAAAUACAAACUGUAUCGAACACUGAGGACCCAAACUGCCUCUGACGACAAGGCUUAUUUUUCAGCAGUUCGCGAGGAGGACUCCAAGGGAAAUCUGGGGUUUACAUUGAACAAAGGUGUACAACAAGCCGUCGGAGAAGUUCUCAGAUCGAACGUCACGUUUCUUGGAUCCUCAAUCUUGCCCUUUAAGGAGAAAUUUCGGGUUUUUGUUUCCAUUUUACGGAAAAUAUUUAUCGACAAAUCUAGGCAUGAAACUUACGUGCCGAGUUUCAAGACUGUGAUACAGCAUUUUUGCUUGCCAACUGCAGGGAAGGCGACAAUAAGAGAGAUAGCUAAAGGGCUAAAGCUUGAAGACAAAGACAUAGAGCCUGCAUUGAUGACACUCGAGAGGUUUGGGAACCAGUCCUCUUCUGCACUGUGGUAUGAGUUAGCGUUAUUGGAAGCCAAAGACAGAGUGAAGAAGGGAGACAUGGUUUGGCUACUUGGGCUUGGGAGUGGGCUCAAGUGCAGCAGUGUCGUUUUGGAGUGUAUAAGGCCCAUAGUUGGGGAAUCCAAGAGGGGCCCAUGGGCUGAUUAUCUUUGUCGGUAUCCGAUCGUGACCGUUGAUCAAGGGCUUUAA